UUAUUUUAAGCCGAAUACGAUGAAACCGAAUGAAAGAUUCAGAUGGGGAACUAGAAAAUGUUAUCGCAUUUACUUGGCGGCAAUUCUCUUCUGCGUUUCGGUAUAUUAUAUCAUUAGCACCGUAAUACCGUAUGGCGACACCGAGCAUGAAAUCGCAGAGGGUUAUUUUGUGAAUACGUCGGGAUGUCGCAUGAUGGCUCUGAAUCCGCUGCCAAUGGAAUCGGCAACCUACUUACUUCGAGUUGAACCUAAGAACUGCAACAGACAUCAACUUUUUAAGGCCGGAACGAUUCAUAGGAAGAUCUACCUGAUACGGACAAUGUCGAACAAGAAGAUAUUAAGUGCCUGGAAAGUGAAAAACGUUUCGGAUAUUGUCUGCGUAUACAAAACAACGCAACGAUACGAUGAUUUUAGAAACAUAUACGUUACAAAAAGAAUCAUCCGUUUGAGCAAUCAAACAUUCGCAAUUGGUGUUGAAGAUAGUACCAGAAUACUGCGAAUCCGAUGCACUGAUGGCCAUAACGCUACGCUUUAUCAUGAUGUUCAUUUCUUUCUACAAUCGCAAUUCAAAAAUCGUCCGAAAAAAAGGUCGGAUCGUUUAUCUGUUAUGAUUAUUGGCAUCGAUUCGCUCUCACACAUGCAUUAUCUGCGCACAAUGCCCUUCUUGGGUUCCUAUAUCAGCCGAUUGCCACACGUCGAGUUUUGGGGCUACAACCGCGUAGGGUCAAACUCUUACCCCAAUCUGGUGCCCCUGCUCAGUGGCAUGAACGUCGAACAGCUUGAAGCUGCCUGCUAUGUUGGCCACGAGAACUACGACGAAUGCAAAUUUCUGUGGAAGCACUUUAAGCUGUCUGGCUACAGAACGAGUUUCGCCGAAGACACCAGAGUGGGCGGCACAUUUAAUUACGUGAAAAAGGGUUUUUAUCGCCAACCAACGGACUUUUAUCUGCGACCCGUAAUGCUAGAAAUCGAUAGUCACACACGCUACAGCAUUGAUCUACGCGAUGACAUUCACUGCACUGGAAGCCGCAAGUAUGGAGAUAUACUGCUCGAAUUUAUCAACAAGCUGAUACCAAAUAUAGCAGAUGAGCUGCACUUUUCAUUCUUUUGGCAGAGCCAGGGGGUGCAUGACUACUUCAACUAUGCCCAGUUGUUGGACGAGAAAUACCUGAAAUUAAUGCAAGUCCUCAACAAUACACGCAUUUUGAACGACACCUUGGUACUCCUGAUGUCCGAUCAUGGAAUACGGUUUGGUUCUUUUCGCCAGACCUACCAGGGAAUGCUAGAAGAAUCGCAGCCUCUUCUGAUAGCUCUGUUUCCCAAAUGGUUAGAGAAGGCUUACCCGGCAGCCAUAUCUAACCUUCGAUAUAAUGCCCAUAGUCUUGUCACAACCUUCGAUUUACAUGUGACCCUCAAGGACUUGACCAAUUUGAAGCUGCUGCACAAUAGCAAUAUUGAAAAACGAACGGCGGCACUUCGGAAGCUAGGCAACAAUAUACCACGAGGUAUUAGCCUGUUUCUACCCAUACCGAAGGUGCGAGAUUGUGCAUUGGCCGGCAUUCCAGCCUCCUAUUGUCUCUGUCAUAGUUUAAGCUCGUUAGCUACUGCCGACGUCAGAUCCCAGCGUGCUGCUUCGUUUGUGGUGAAGAGUAUCAAUGCCAUUAUAAGAAGUGAGAAACUUUGCCAGAUAUUGCAGAUAAAAGAAGUGCAAGCGGCGUAUUUGCUAAAUCGAAAUAAUGAUCAUUACGAGUAUGAGGUUAAGGUGCGAAUCCAGACGACUCCGGGAGAAGGGCUUUUUGAAGGAACUACCAGAUUUACUGGCGAUUUAUUGGCGCUGAAUGGCGCUGUUCUUCGAAUUAACAAAUAUGGCAAUCAAUCAUACUGUGUGCACAACUAUCUCAUUGAAAUGUAUUGCUAUUGUUUAUAAAACAGUUGGAGGAACAUAAAUAAACCAAGGUAUCUCCAUA